ACUGUCUCGAUGCAGAUAACGACUGAACGACCACCCCUGAAGAAGUCACUUCAUGGUUUCUUCAAUACAUCGUCAAUAUUAUUGCUGUCUGCUUUUCAAUAAAGGCGUGGCCCGAGCCACCCGACCGCUUGGGCCAUGAUGGGCCCUGUUUCAAAAGGUUCAUCCCUGUUAUCCGGCUCUUUAUCGACAACGAGCUCGGUCCAACACCGUGAUGCCUCACAGACCACAGUAUGGCCUAUACCCGCGACCUUUACACGCUUGCACCUUGACCCUCACCGUCAUGCGAUCACUUUCCCGACCUCCUGCGUCAUGCGAGCAACUCCUGAGAGACUUUGUGAGUCCCGCCGCUCAGCAAGUCGGGAUAUCGGAGCCGGCAACACAUAGGAGGGUACCAAUGCAACGGAGGAUCUGUCUGAUUGACACCGGGAAGCAAGGACACAGCCUGGCCGGAAAGACAUAUAGAAAGGCACGACCCUCUGCCCAGUAUCGAACGUUCUAUCACUGGAAUCCAAGACUUACCAACGACAACUAUCUGCAUGCCACUCAUUGGUAUUGUCCCAAGCUUCUUUUACGGAGCUGGAGCAUUCCAUCCGACAUCAUGCUCGACCUCGCUGUGAGACUACUCGCCAUCACCGCCUGUCUAUUUGGCAUCGCUGUUUGCGCGUGCAUCAGCGAAGAAGUGCUCAGAUCUCACAACCAGGACAAAACGCUCGACCCCGAGAAAGCGAUGGAGUCAUCUGAAUUAAAACCGAGAUUUGUCGCUCCCUUGGGGCAUCAACUGAGCAACCUCAUCAUGGCUGCUACUAAGUCGGUCAAUCUCAUCGUCAACCAAGCAAUUCCCGCCGGACCGUCCAAGCAAGCCAUUCGCUUGCAGCAAGGCUUGGGCCACCUGCACCUUCACUGGGCUACAUCGACAAGCCAAACCCAUCCCGCGGUCGCUUGAGCUCAUCUACAUGGUCCGAAACUGAUAGAAGCUGGACUUCUUAUCACAUGUUCUCAAAUUCCACCCAUUCGCUCUUUGGUCGACGUUGCUGUCCUCAUUGGCUGAGAUCAGCUGAUUUUCCCUUUCGAUUCGAACUGUUCUGCAGAGAAGACACAUGAAGCAUCAGCAGGUCGUAGGCUUGCAAAGCUUGACGACCGCCCAAAUUCUUGUCAAAUUCCGCUGGGUGUACACACUGCAGCCUACGGACGUCGAUGGCAGGACCAUUCGCACUCACCCGAGCCGCACUGUUUGCUCUGGAUGGAGGCUACCUCGACGAGGCGGACGCUCCAGGCUGUUGAUCUUGUCAACCAGUCGAUGCCAAUGGGUUCGCGGCGUUCUUCUGCCCUACUACCAGAUCAUCAUCGCAUCAAACACCGUUUUUACAUAGUCACUCGUUAGCGCGGACGCGCUGGACGUGCAAGCUAACGGCUCGAACUAUCCAACGUUCAUCCACAAAUUGGGUCUCCGAACCUUUAAGAGCCUCGACGGAUGGCCCUCGCGCCUACUGAUCGCAGGACGCCUCAAAUUUACCAUACGACUUCCACCGAGAUUGCUGGCUUACGGACCCCAAGAUCCACUCCUUCAUACUCCAUCAACCCACGCUCUUUGAAUUCCAGAUGCGCGCUCGCAGGACGACAGUUGAGAUACUGGCCACCACAUACACUCUUUCCAUAUCGAAGGCCUGUCCCCUGGACCAUCGUCUCCUUUUACGGUCCACCAUCUGGCAUCACCGCUGCUCGGGCGAUGAGCCCCGACACUCCUUCUCUCCUCGGACUAUCAGUUAUCCCACUUAUCAAGUGAAUCACUGGGCCACGCCUCCCAAGAAUGCGAAGUCACCACCUUUCAGGUACAAUCCAAGCUUCGAGUCUGACGCACAUAUCGCUACCACUCACCACGCAGACCAUGGCUACUGUCACCCAUUUGCCGCACCAGGCUAAUACACACUCGUUCUGAGCGGUAAUGCUCACUGUCACGUCCAGCAGAUUACUGACACGUCCAGGUGACAACUUACCACCACACUCCUUUCCCCACCAGCUGUGCUGGACAAUUCAUCCUCUCUCUCGCACGAUCUGUUUCACCGUCAAACAGCAGUGCUAUCAUUCAUUCCAUUGCCGACAGCAUUGUCUCACCCAGCCCAAGUCCAUCGGCCCGUUAACUUCGACGAGUUCUACUGGCACAUCCUACGGGACGAGGCUAGCCCUCAUCCCCCACGACGUUCCAUAAGCCCACAGCAAAGAUACAUCACUCUCUGUCUGCCACGCUCCUUCGAUACAGAAGCAUUCCGCUUCAUGGCGCUGUUCGGGGCUGGCACUCGACAUACACCCACAAAGAUCUACACCACGAGGAUCGACAUUUGCCGGGGUCACCGCGCCACUGUCCCCGUCCCUCACAUUCUCUCCAGCAAGUCAUUCUUUACGCUCAUUACUGCCCUCCUGGAAGCUGGCCGGACACUUUCUACCUCAUGACCAUGCCUUUGCUUCCGGACGAACAUUCCUUCUUCUACAACACCACGACACCCACUCCUGACAUCCCCACGACGCU